AUGAAGAGCUCGAUUAAUCUCUGCGUGUUGCUCUCCAUGCUGUCUAUGGUCCUCGUCGUACACUCCGAGCCAAUCCCUUUUGCUCAACAGUCUUUGAAAGCCCCUUCAACCACCGAUGGUCUGCAGCCGCCGAAAAUCGAAUAUGCCGUAAGUUUGGGUUGGUGUAACGCGGCGGACGUGAUCCAGUGGCAAAAAACGCACCAUUUUGCAUGCGGGAAGUAUCAAAAAUGUAGCAAAAUAAGUCACUCUCCAACUGAAAAGACUCCGGUUUCAAAAGCAAGCCCUUUCCCUCACAAAAAGAGACGCGCUUUUGAAAUCGGGGUUUCUACAUUUGUAGAGGGAGGUAUUUUGCUGCAUUUUUUAUGCUUCCCGGGUGCACAAUGGUACGUUCUUUGCAACUGGUUCAGAUCCGCCAUUGUAACAUCGAUAAUGCUAUGAUUAUGUCCGUUCUCAGGGUCAUUACACCUCAGUUUUUACUCAUCAUAAACCGUAACAACCCGUUUUUAGUAUGACAAAUUCAAACGUGGGGUCGACUUAACACAGACUGACAAUUUCUGCAAAGGAUUCAAGUUCGGAUACAUCCCGGAUAUUUUAAAUUAUUUGCAGCUAUACGGUAAGAAAGAUGCUUUUUAUUGAUUUUUUUUAAUCGGGCAUCCUAUAUAUCACAAAGGGUGCCGUUGACCGUCCAGCCAUUGUAUAACACGUCACAUCCUACUUUUCGUUUUUCAAAACGGGCGGUUUAAAACCGCUCAUCUUCUUCUCUCUCCCGCCAGCACACCUUAUAGUUUUUAAACGUUUUUGUUAUGUACAUCCAUACAUGUCAUUGCAGAGCUUCUGCAAACGUCCAAAAACCACUUGACAAAUGGCCGUAUUGCCAUUGGACUCAAAGUGACUGUUCCAGCAACUGCAUCUCCACAGAAGCCGCCCACAAUUGAGUGGGUGGGCACCGCAGACUUCAAGCAUGUAGUCUCCUACGCCCCCUUUGAUGGCGACGCUUUGCCAACCGCCGUCCCCACUGACAAAACUUAUUUCUACGAGAUGGACGCGGGUGAUGGGAAAUGGUAUGCAAAGGACAUUGCACAACAUGGUACUGCAUACACAGGAGUAAGUCUGAGACAACCCAAGACUCAUCACAUGGCGUACAGUGGCGGACUUGAUCCAGUGGUAAAAACGUACCAUUUUGCUUCUGGGAAGUAUCAAAAACGCAGCAAAAUACCCCCUUUUCCAAGUGAGAAGGCUCCGGUUUCAAGCGCCACGUCAAAGAAAAAGUGAAAAAACAAGGAACCUCGGAUCAUUGAUUUUUGACGAAAUGUCGCUGAAUUAUCGGGUCACAAAAGAAAACUUUCCCAGAGAAUUUCGAGAAAAAUAUUUUUUCGAAGAGGAAAAUAAUUUUUCAAGCUCGAUAAUUCUGUGGCACUUCGCAAAAAAUCAAUGAUCCGAGGUUCCUUGUUUUUUCAAUUUUCUGAAAGAAUUGUUUUGACGUGAGCGCCCUUUCCCUCGAAAAAAGAGACGCGCUUUUGAAAUCGGUCUUUUCAUUUGGAAAGGGGGUAUUUUGCUGCGUUUUUGAUACUUCCCGGAUGCAAAAUGGUACGUUUUUCCCGCUGGAUCAAGUCCGCCAAUGUACACUUACAAUAAGUUUCUGUUUCAGACGAUACUCUGCAGCAAACUGCUGACCAGCAAAAGCGACGAGUUAUAA